ACACAAAACCCAACACAACCCCGAAACUUGCAUGCAACACAACAACAUAAUAUUUCCAUUGCUUGCGAUCUAAAUUGACAAUGAGUAAUGACAAGGUUAUGAAAAAGUCUCGAAUUUGAAGAUGGACAUGGACGUUGACGAAACUUCUGCACCUAACGAGGGAAAGUCCGUUUUGGUGAUCUUGGUGGGAGCACCAGGGAGCGGCAAGUCCACCUUCUGCGAAGAGGUUAUUAGUUCCUCUGCUCGCCCUUGGCUUCGCGUUUGUCAGGACACUAUUGGAAAUGGUAAAGCAGGAAGUAAAGCUCAGUGCUUAAGCAGUGCAACUAGAGCAUUGAAGGAUGGGAAGAGUGUAUUUAUUGAUAGGUGCAAUCUUGACAGAGAACAGCGCUCAGAAUUUAUAAAGCUUGGUGAUGGACCCCAAAUAGAUGUCCAUGCAGUUGUACUUGAUCUUCCUGCUAAGCUUUGUAUUUCUCGGUCUGUCAAACGGACUGGGCAUGAAGGAAAUUUGCAGGGUGGAAAAGCUGCUGCAGUUGUGAAUAGAAUGCUUCAAAAUAAAGAGCUUCCCAAAUUAAGUGAAGGAUUUAACCGGAUAACAUUUUGUCAGAAUGAGAGUGAUGUCAAAAGUGCUAUUAAUACAUACAGCACACUUGGGCCACUGGAUGGUCUUCCACAUGGCUGUUUUGGUCAGAAGGCAGAUUCCAAAAUUCAAGUAGGUAUAAUGAAGUUUCUGAAAAAAGCAGAGGCCCCAGUUGAUGCUGCAUCUGGACAGAGUGGCAUUGGAGACCCUACUUCCCAGACUCCUGGGAAAAGUAAUUCCUGCUGCAAAGAUAAGGAAACAUUUUGCUCAGUUCUAGAUAAUGCCAACUUAGAGACAAAGGAAGCUGAAGGCCAAGCAGUUAGCUCUGCUGGUUCCCAUGCCAAUCAAGUUUCUCUGGAUGAUAUUCCCACUCUAGCAUUUCCAUCUAUUUCAACAUCUGAUUUCCAAUUCAACCAUGAGAAGGCAGCUGAUAUUAUUGUUGAGAAGGUUGCAGAGUUCUCAAAUAAGUUAAAGAAUGCCAGACUUGUUCUAGUUGACUUGUCUCAUAAAUCAAAGAUUCUGUCCUUAAUUAAAGCUAAAGUUGUGGAAAAAAACAUUGACACCCAAAAGUUCUUUACCCAUGUUGGGGACAUUACUCACCUUUAUUCCAGGGGAGGUUUGCGCUGUAAUGUCAUAGCUAAUGCUGCCAACUGGCGGUUGAAACCUGGAGGUGGAGGUGUUAAUGCAGCAAUUUUUAAUGCUGCAGGUCCUGAACUGGAAUCUGCAACAAAAGAAAAAGUAAAAUCUCUUUUGCCGGGGAAUGCUGCAGUUGUCCCUCUACCUUCAUCUUCCCCUUUGUUCACCAGAGAGGGUGUGACCCAUGUAAUACAUGUUCUUGGACCUAAUAUGAACCCACAAAGGCCAAAUUGUCUGAAUAAUGACUAUGAUAAAGGUUGUAAAAUUCUCCAGGAUGCUUAUACUUCAUUGUUUGAAGGUUUUGCAUCAAUUGUGAGGAACCAGGCAGGGCAACAAGUGGUAAAAAAAGAAAACCUAGGAAGAAAAUCUUUGGAGUUGCAGGUUCAGUCUGAUUGUUUUGUCAGAAGUAUUUUCACAAAUACCGAUCAAAAGAGUAAGAGAGAUGAUGAUCAUGGAUCAGAAAAAAGCAAGAAAUAUAAGGGGAUUCGGGGUGGAUUUGGAUCGACCUUUACUGAUUCUAGAGAUGAAAAGGUAGUUUCAGAGCAUAGAAGAACUGAGGGGAGCAUGAAUAAGGCAUGGGGAUCAUGGGCUCAAGCGCUUCACCAAAUAGCUAUGCAUCCUGAAAAGCAUAAGGGUGAUUUGCUUGAAAUUUCCGAAGAUGUUGUUGUAUUGAAUGACAUGUAUCCUAAGGCACGGAAGCAUGUUCUGGUGUUGGCACGAACUGGGGGUCUUGAUUUUCUGGCAGAUGUCCAAAAGGAGCACCUUCAGUUAUUGAGGAAGAUGCAUGAUGUGGGUUUAAAGUGGGCUGAGAAGUUCUUGAACGAGAAUGCUUCUCUGGUAUUUCGUCUUGGAUAUCACUCGGCUCCAUCAAUGCGACAACUACAUUUACAUGUUAUUAGCCAGGACUUUGAAUCAACACAUUUAAAGAAUAAGAAGCACUGGAACUCGUUUAACACUGGUUUCUUUCGUGACUCGGUUGAUGUAAUGGAUGAGAUAUCUACUGAUGGGAAGGCAACACUGAAAGAUGAUGACAAGUUACUGUCUAUGGAGUUGAGGUGCCACAGAUGUAGAAGUGCGCAUCCAAACAUACCUCGGUUAAAAUCACAUAUUAGUAGCUGCCAAUCCUCCUUUCCUGCUAACCUACUUCAAAAUGGACGUUUGGUUCAUGCACCAGGGGAACCUCUUAACAAUGUCCAGUAGUACUAGUUUUUGUCUACACUACUGCUAAGCAAGACUAGUUUUGAGCUUGUCUUUUGAGUACACGAGAUGAAGUCACAAGUAUGUAGUUAAAGAUUGAAGCAUUUUUGCUAUCUAUAACGGAAAAUGGAGAGUUUAUUUUCACCUUACCUUGCUUUUAAGUGUGGUGACAUUAGAUGGUUUGACUUCAAUUCCUGUAGGAGGAACUUUGCGCGAUGGACUUCGUCAUUCCAUUAGAUUGCAUUUCCCAUAUGUAAAAUUGCAUUUGCUUUACCUGAAGCAAAUCAUUUUGAGAGGCCAGUUUGAACUUUUUUUCUUCGGGUUUUCAA